CGCGAAGUUCCCACCCGACCCACCCAGUAGACCAGACCGGGCACGCAGCCGCCGCCCUUCCACUACCACCCCAGAUGCCACCCGCUGCCGCCGGCCGCCGCUGCUGCCGGCGGCUACGUCCGCGCCGCUGACCACCGCCGAGAGGCCUCGCUCGCCAUGCCCCGCCUCCUCGGCCCGCUCCCCUCCCGCUCCCGCCGCCUCCUCCUUUCCCGCUCCCUGCUCGCCAUUCUCUCGAACACCUUCUCGGCGUCCACCUCUGCGCCUACUCCCCGCGCACCACCGCCGCUCCCGGCGCUCUCUCCGCUGCUUCCGCCGCGCACCGAAGACGCCAGCUCCGUCACCGCGGCUUCGUCCGCCAUCGCCGCCUCCUUCCGCGACUGGUUCCUCGAGGCCCCCGCCGCCGCGCCGCUCAAGGCGCUCGACGCGAUCUACGAGGCGCUUGCGGCCGAGGAUUCGGCAGCGCUCGAGGCGCUCCCGCUCUCGGAGCAGCUCGUCCUCGCCGUUCUCCGCCACCGCCCGCGGAGGCUCCCUGACGGCGACGCGCUCCUGCUGCUCCGCCUGAGGUUCUUCGACUGGUCGGGCCGCCGCCCGCGCUACAGCCACACGCGCGUCGUGUACCACACCGUGUUCCGGCUCCUCGCCCGCGCGCGCCGCAACACCGUAGUGGUCGACUGGCUCCGCCUCUUUUCCGAUACCACCGCGGCGGCCGGGCACCCGCGCUUCCACGACACGCUCGUCGUCGGCUACGCCGUCGCGGGCGACCCCCAGCGUGGGCUCAGCGUCCUCGGCCGCAUGCGCUUCCGAGGCCUCGACCUCGACGCCGUCUCAUCUCGCAUCCUCCUCAACUCCCUCGUCGAUGCGUCGCUCCACGACCUCGCCGAUUCCUUCGCCCGCAACCUUGUCAGCAGCCCUGUCGCCACAUGCAUCCUCAUCAAGAGCCUCUGUCGCCGCGCCCGCCUUGACGAUGCUGUUGCGCUCCUUGACACCCUCCCUUUUGCUGAAGCAUCCCGUGGACCUGCUGCUGGCUCCAUCAUCACCGAGUUCUGCCGCCGUGGACGCUUUGCUGAGGCAGCCCAGAUCGUUGAUAAGUUUGCGUCCUGUGACGUGUAUGGUGCGUGGAUUCAUGGCCUCAUUGAGGCUGGGAGGCUUGAUACUACGUUGAAGUUCCUUUCUGAUAAAAAGGAAACUGAAGGCUAUAUCCCUGAUGGGCAGCGGUAUGACAAGCUUGUUUAUCGCUUGCUUCGCAGGAACAGACUCGGUGAAGUGUAUGACUUGCUCGUGGAAAUGAUGGAGGAGGGCAUUGCUCCUGGCCGUUCAGCCAUGAAUGCUGCGCUUUGCUUCUUUUGCAAGGCUGGUCUCGUUGAAGUAGCCAUGCAUUUGUAUAGGUCGAGAAUGGAGCUUGGGAUUAACCCUAACAAGGAUGUUUAUAAUAAUCUGAUCAGGGCGCUGUGCCGGGGUGGGGAAACAGAGGAGGCGUGUCUGGUGUUGGAGCAAGCUAUGGCAGGAGGAUACUUUCCUGGGCGUCAGACAUUUGCCAUGUUUGCAAAUGUGUUGUGUCAAGAGGGGAAGCUGGAUAAGGUGCGGGAGCUGCUGGACAGGGCACUCAAGCAGGAAGUCUGGCCAAUGGACUCUGUCUUGGCCAAAUACCUAGUGGCACUAUGCAAGAGUGGCAAUGUGGAGGAAGCAUGUGCAGUGCCUCAGAUAGCAAGCAGCAAGAGCCAUGUGGGCUUAUAUCGUUAUGAGUCAACCUACAAGAGCUUGAUUCGGGCAUUAAUAUUGAUUAAGAGGGUGGAUGUGCUUCCAAGGCUCAUACUGGAAAUGCAAGAUAUGGGGCACAUCCCGACCCGAAGUCUCUAUCAGUCAGUUGUUUGUGCUUUGUGUGAGUUGAAUAGAUAUGCUGAGGUUCUGGAGUUGUUAGACAACCAGUUGGACCGGAGCGAACUCCAACCCCAUGUGUGCUACAACUACUUUAUUUCUGGGGCUGGACACGCUAAGAGGGCAGACAUGGCCAGGGAGGUGUAUAGCCGAAUGGAGUUCGCAGGGAUUGGACCAUCAGUGGAAAGCAACAUCCUUCUUCUCAUGAGUUAUCUAAGGAGCAAACGUAUUGGCGAUGCACUUAACUUUUUUAACCUCAUUCGUGGGAAGAAGCCACCUGGCACCAAGCUGUAUAAUGUAUUCAUAUCUGGUCUGUGCGAAGCUCGGAAGCCUGAGCAGGCAAUGGUGUUCUGGAAGGAAGCGAGGGAUAAUGGUAUUAUCCCAAGCAUCAGGUGCUACGAGCAUCUUGUUCUCUUGCUGUGCUCUGUCAGGGAUUAUGACAGUGUUAUAAAAGUUAUUGAUGAUUUCAGAGAGACAGGUCGCCCUGUUUCAGCUUUCUUGUGUAAUGUGCUUCUCUUGCACACAUUGAUGGGCAGCAAUCUUCUGAAGGCUUUGUUACGUUCGAGAGAUAAUUCAAAGUCUGUAGAAGUGAAAGGUGAAGAGAUCCAAGGUCGGGAGGCAGGAAGGCUUUUGAUUGGUGAUCUUAUUACCUCGUUUGCAAGUGGUAUUAGAAACAUGAAUGACUUAGAGCGUUUAGGAGAGGAGAUGGAAAAGUAUUUUCCUGUUGAUAUUUAUACUUAUAACAUGCUGUUACGAGGGUUGUCCAUGGCAGGGAGGAUGGAUUCUGCCUGUAAUUUGUACGAAAGGCUGUGCAGAAAGGGGUAUCAACCAAAUCGAUGGACUUUUGAUAUAAUGGUACACGGUUUCUGCAAGAAUGAUGACAGAAAUGAGGCUGAGAGGUGGAUGGAUGCAAUGUAUCGAAAUGGGUUCUAUCCCACGUGGUACACUAUGAGGUUAUACAACAAUGCAUCGUUGCGAGCACAUGAUCAGAAGAUUAUUUCUUUUGUAUAAGUAACUAUCUAUUUAUCUGACCUUGCUACCUCACAUUCGGCUGCUGGUCUGCGCUCUGCUUGAUCCUAUGACUUAGCUGAAACAGAUUUUUGCAGGCAUUCUUUUUGAAGAUCAAACAUAUUUUGGUAGAGAUGUAUUCCGAAAUUUAACAUUAUUGUGUCCUGAAUCACAUCUCACCUGGUAUGACAUAGUGUCCACUGUCCAAUAUGCUUCUAGGAUAUCAGUUUACAUGUACCAUGAAGUUUUCCUUUGACCGUGAUGUACUCUAGUUUUACAUAUUUUUGCUGUAAAAUUGUACCUUGCGUCCGAAAUUUUCAAGGUUUUUGGCCAUUCAAACGUUUGGCAUUGCUUAUCUAAUGUACCAAUAAUUCGAUCUCA